AUGGCACGAAGACCAGCACGCUGUUACCGUUACUGCAAGAACAAGCCCUAUCCCAAAUCCCGCUUCAACCGCGGCGUCCCAGACGCCAAGAUCCGCAUUUUCGAUCUCGGCCGGAAGAAGGCCUCAGUGGACGAUUUCCCCUGUACCGUCCACUUAGUCUCGAACGAGUAUGAACAACUGAGUUCCGAGGCACUGGAAGCCGCACGUAUCUGUGCCAACAAGCACCUCGUCAAAACCGCCGGUAAAGAAUCCUUCCACAUGCGUAUCAGAGUACACCCCUAUCACGUAAUCCGAAUCAAUAAGAUGCUCAGCGUGGCCGGCGCAGAUCGGUUGCAAACGGGCAUGCGUGGUGCCUUCGGGAAACCCGCUGGGAAAGUUGCUCGGGUCAAUGUUGGUCAGAUUUUGAUUUCUGUGAGGACUGUUGAUCGGCAUCGGGGGACGGCUGUUGAGGCCUUGAGGAGAUCUAUGUAUAAGUUUCCUGGGAGGCAGAAGGUUGUUGUGAGUAAGAUGUGGGGAUUUACGCAUUUAUUGCGUGAGGAGUAUUUGAGGUUGAAGGAGGAUGGGUUGGUGAGGAGUGAUGGGGCUUAUGUGCAGUUUUGUCGGAGGAAGGGAGAGAUUGAGGAGAAUAUGAGGGACUUUCCGGGGGCUUAUAGUCAGGUUGCGGUUGAGGCUUGA